AUGACCUCUCUCAAGCGGUCGCAUGCGGCGACAACGGACACGACAACAUUGAGCUCAAAGACAUAUCUGCGGACGCUCAAAUCUGGCAAAGUACAAAAGAUUGUCCGCGAGCUCUACCUGCGACAAGAUAUUCCGUGUUCAUCACAGCUCUGCGAAGCAUGCAUAGGUCUCGCACCGGCAGGCUUUGAUGGCAAGACCGAGCCAACAGUACUGUCUGCUACGCCAGCUGGAACGAAACAGUACCCCCAGGGACAUUACCUCAUCCCGGACACGAAUGCACUUCUCUCGGCGAUGGAUCUGUUCGAAGCGGAAGGCGUGCUACAAGACGUUGUCGUGCUUCAAACAGUUCUUGAAGAAGUCAAGAAUCGAUCACUCCCGCUUUACCACCGUUUGAUUGCUUUGACGAAGAACGAUGGCAAACGCUUCUACGUCUUCUUCAACGACUUUAGACUAGAGACAUACAUACAACGAGAUGUCGGAGAGUCCAUCAACGAUCGCAAUGAUCGCGCUGUUCGGAAGGCGUGCUCUUGGUAUGCCGCGCAUCUCGCAGAAGCAGUCAAGGCUCGCCAAAGCUCUCGCUGCCCAGCGAUAGUGAUGCUCACAGACGACAAAGCAAACAUCCAGAAGUCACGAGCUGAGGGAAUUAUCGCUUCCACUCUCCACGACUAUGUCUCAGGACUGCCAGAGGCUGACAAGCUGCUGGAUAUGGUGGCGUCAAGCCGCGAUCAACGAGCGACCCGAGACGAGCGGGCCAAGUCGAUAUAUCCGGACUACAUGUCUAUGUCUGCCAUGAUCACUGGAGUCAAAGCUGGCACUCUUCACCAGGGCAUCUUCAACGUAUCGCCAUACAACUAUUUGGAAGGUUCGGCACAAGUGCCCGCUUUCGAUCGCCCACUCAUCAUCCAGGGCCGCGAGAACAGCAACCGUGCAGUGUCGGGUGACAUCGUGGUGCUUGAGAUGCUUCCGAAAAGCCAGUGGAAGGCGCCAUCGAGUAAGGUUAUUGAGGAAGAUGAUCUUACUAAGAAUGACAAUGCCGAAAACGAGGACGAUUCGAGUGAAGCACUGACGACGGAGAAGGAGCGCAAGGCUCUGCAAGAAGAGGCAAAGCGUGCACAUGGCAAGGUCAAUGAGGGCAAGCCUCAACCGACAGCCAAAGUCGUCGGCAUCAUCAAGCGCAACUGGCGUCAGUAUGUCGGACACAUCGACAAGGACUCGGUCAAAUCUGGAGCCAAGCAGAGCAGGUCGCAGCAGACUGUGUUCCUCGUGCCCAUGGACAAGCGGAUCCCAAAAAUCAGAGUUCGCACACGGCAGGCUGGUGAGCUCCUUGGCAAGCGUGUAUUGGUCACAAUCGAUUCGUGGGAUCGAGAAUCGCGCUAUCCUGUCGGACACUUCAUUCGCAGUCUCGGUGAGCUGGAAACGAAGGGUGCCGAGACGGAAGCUCUCCUCCUAGAGUGGGACGUGCAAUAUCGUCCCUUUCCAAAGACUGUCCUGGACUGCCUACCAGCGGAAGGUCAUGACUGGAAGGUGCCGGUCGACAAAGCAGACCCAGGCUGGAAGGGUCGUCAAGACUUGAGAGAUCUUCUCGUCUGCUCCAUCGACCCCCCAGGCUGUGUGGAUAUUGACGAUGCGCUGCAUGCUGUAAAGCUACCGAACGGGAACUUCCAAGUCGGUGUCCACAUCGCCGAUGUCUCUCACUUCGUUAAGCCAAACAACGCCAUGGACAAGGAGGCAUCACUUCGCGGCACCACGGUAUAUCUCGUAGACAAGCGAAUCGACAUGCUGCCGAUGCUACUCGGCACCGACCUCUGCUCGUUGAAGCCCUACGUCGAGCGUUACGCCUUCAGUGUCCUCUGGGAGGUCAACGAGAACGCCGACAUCAUCAACUCAACCUUCACCAAAAGCGUCAUUCGCUCCCGCGAAGCAUUCUCCUACGAACGCGCCCAACUCCGCAUCGACGACGUCUCCCAACAAGACGAACUGACCCAAGGCAUGCGCUACCUCAUGAUGCUCUCCAAGAAACUCCGCGCCAAACGCAUGGCCGCGGGAGCCCUCAACCUCGCCAGCCCCGAAGUCCGCAUCGAAACCGAAAGCGAGACCUCCGACCCCGUCGACGUCAAGACCAAGCAACUCCUCGACACCAACCAACUCGUCGAAGAAUUCAUGUUACUCGCCAACAUCUCCGUCGCCGGCAAAAACUACGAAGCAUUCCCUCAAACCGCCCUCCUCCGCCGCCACGGCGCCCCACCCAAAACCAACUUCGAAGAACUCAGCAACCAACUCAAAGUCAAAAAGAACCUCGAAAUCCGCACCGACUCCUCCAAAGCUCUGGCCGACAGUUUAGAUACCUGCGUCGACCCUCAAAACCCGUUCUUCAACACCCUCGUCCGCAUCCUCGCGACCCGCUGCAUGAUGUCCGCCGAGUACUUCUGCUCCGGCACACAGGCAUAUCCCGAAUUCCGCCACUACGGUCUUGCGUCGGAGAUCUACACGCACUUCACAUCCCCGAUCCGACGGUACGCGGACUUGGAAGCCCAUCGGCAACUCGCGGCCGCGAUCGACUAUGAACCCCUCGACCCGAGUUUACAGUCGAAGAGCAAACUCGAAGCCGUGUGUAAGAACAUCAACGUCCGGCAUCGCAACGCACAGAUGGCGGGUCGGGCGAGUGUGGAGUAUUACGUCGGACAAGCGCUCAAGGGACGGGUGUUGGAGGAAGAUGGAUUCGUGAUGCGGAUUUUCAGUAAUGGAUUCGUGGUGUUCGUGCCGCGGUUUGGGAUCGAGGGACUGAUUCGGUUGAAAGACAUGGUGGGCGCGAAUGGAAAGGAGCCGGAGAGUGAAUUUGAUGGGGAGAAUUAUUCGUUGGAGAUUCAGGUUGCGGAGAAGGGGAAGCAGGUCGUUGAGUUGUUUCAAAAGGUGCAGGUGAGGAUUAGUGAUGAGGCGGAGGAGAGUACGGGGAAGAGGAAGAUUAAGCUGCAGUUGGCUUGA